AUGCGACUGUGUCUAGAACCUUCCGGGGUCUGUCAUAUUCAGCGCACCAGAGCUGAUUUUAUCUCUAACAUGUCCAAAGUGGACAUUGUGGGAAAUAAAUAAAUUUCUCUGCAAUAGCUCACACCGUGACUGGGUUUUGCUACUUGUGUUCUAAGCAUGCAUGGUGAGGAGUUCAUGUACAAAGUUCGUCGUUGUGUUGUGUCUAGCAUCAUGUAAAUGCUUUUUAUAACAACUUAUUUGUUUAUCUUGUUAUGUUUUAUCUGAUUGUGAUGUUUCGUCUGCUGCCUUACCUUUUGUGACUAUUUUCAUAAAUGACGAUUUUAGUUAUGUAACGCUGCAAAAUUUAAAACUUUCAGCGUGUGAAGGUUUAUCGUUUGAGUGAUGAUGAGAAAUGGGAUGAUCUGGGGACUGGGCAUGUCACUGUUGAUUAUUUAGAGGUAAUAUGCUGAGCAUUUUCUUAUAAACUUUUUAGCAAUUGUAUGGCUGUUUAUGGUGACUUGUUUGUUUGCUUUGAAUUUUUUUUAAUGCUAAGAUUAUAAUGCUCAGGUUGUUGCUGAGGGACUUCCAGUAAAGUGUUAGCAUUAUGUAAAAUUCGUGUGGUCACUCAAACAUUAUUCUCUUUCACAUUCCAAUUGUUUUCUAAAUUUGCUUUUGAGGCCGUGUCCUCGAGCUCGCUUGUUUCUCUUUUUUUUUUCUUGGUCUCAUUUAUGUCAAGUUUUCUCAUCUAUAUAGAACCCUGAUCUAUGUAGGGUUUGGUAGAGUUUCCCAACUCAUGAGGAUUAUGUCUAAGCAACUUUAAACUACAUGCAAAUUCUUCAAGCCUGGCAUUGAAUUUCCAGCAUAGAACUUUUGAUAUUUUAGAAGCAAUUAUUGCUGAAAAUGGUAAUAGUGAUUAGAAAUCUUACCAAUUUCUGCUGCAGUAUCUUAAUGUGUUGAACUUGAAACGGAGGGAUACAUUGUAUGUAUUGUUUGCUGCUUCUUUACAGGUCUAGUGAAGGUUUUUUUGCUUAUGUUGGUGUAUUGAGCUAUUGGGUGCGAACACAGUUCAAUUUCUGACUCAUUUAGCUGAGCGGGAUGAAAUUCCUACCCCUGGUAGUGCUCACUAUCUUCACAUAUCUCCAUCUAGAAAAUCUUUAGUGGUGCAUACCCCAGAAAUAGAACUUCUAUAGGCGUUCCUUUUUGGUAGAGAACCUCGUUAAUCUUGGUUGUACAUAAUCAUUUCUGGUCAUUGCGGUAUGCUCACUGAGGUACACAACAAAUCUAGCUCAUGAAGAUUUAAAGGUGACUCAACCUAUGGAAUACACAAAUUUACUUGAUGAUGCUGAGAUAACAGUGGGAUUAUUCUUUUGUAUUUAAAAGAGUCUCUUACAAGAAGAUUUGGACUGAUACGAGAAGAUAAUAUAUUUUAUUUAAUGCUCAUGAUGCGUUCCUUUGGAGGAUGAAAUCUUUUACAUAAUAAGAAACUCCCCCAAAUUGAGGUCCCAAUGCCCUUUCAAGCUAGGAAAGAAGUAAUAAUACGGGUGAGCUGACGAAUGCGUUGCAUUCAUUGAGGCCUAACGUUCCAGUUCCAAUGGAUGAGAGAUCUUGCCACGAGAUUGUUCAAUGGCUAUCCUAUGGCCUAAUGUGGACUUCAUCUUUAGUUGGCCUCUUGACGUAGUGUAGAUUUUAUCUCUUGUGGUCAUACUCAUCAUUAAUGAGGCCGUGUAUCUUAUUAUGUGAACCAUAUAUAUCCAAUGUUUCUGCCCAAUUAUAAUAAGCCUGUGUGGCGUAAUGUUGCUUUUUGUUUAGUUCUUGCCCUGGAUCAAUUCCAAAAUGUAUUUGAUGAUUUGAGCCUAAUGAAAUAAUGAAAGCUCAUGUCUUGGUUCUGACCUUCUGCUUAGUGCCACGUUCGACCUAAAGCAGACCUUGUAUUCAAUGGUAGAGAUAUCGCAAAACUUUCAUAUGUCGUAUAGCUUGAUAAUCUGAUUUCAUUUAGAUGUACCCAAUAAAACUUUCAAUGGUAGAGAUAUACCGCAUGGGGCACAUCCUAAACAUAGCCCAAUGGAUCUCAUGUAAGUCUGUCAAGUGUCGUUCUAUCCCAUGAAUAUCUGGCACCAGUCAAGAGACUUGCUCAAAUGAGCUUCAACCUGCAAAGUCGUCAGAUGAGUCCCAUGGCAGAAGACUAUUAAGUGAGCUUCAUUCCACAGGCUCCUAAAAAUUGGCUUAUGUUAUAAAUUUGUUGAUUGAACUUUAUCUCCUGCAUUUAUCAAUGGCCUUAUUCCGUUAGACUUGUCUAAUGAGCUUCAUAUCGUAGUUCUAGAAGGUCUUUAUCCUAUGGACUCAGAGAACAAGCUUAAUCCCAUGAAUUUUUUAAGUUCUUUAGGCUUUAUUUUAAUUUGUACAUUUUUUGGUAUGAAGCAGAAUCUUUUUAUCCAUGGCAUCAUCUUAGAGAAAUUCAGGGUGAUUGGGGAAACUCCAAAUUUAAAUAAAGCCAAAAAGUCCCCUAGUUUAUUAAAAAAGACAACAUAGGCAUUGUUCUUUUAAAUGGUGCAAAAAAUCAUUUUACAAGUCAUUGAUGGGUGGAAGGCUCAACAAUGAGUAGCUGGUUGAUAGGUAGAAUGACUACUUAUCUUCUGAGGUUUACUUCAGGAGCUGAAGGGAGCUGAGGAAAUACGUCUGGGUAUGCUGGCUUCUUUUGUGAAGGACUGAACAUGUAGUCCUGGGGGAUCUCUUUGGGGUUGGUCUUUGAUCGAUAAUAAAUAUGCUAGUUGCAGAGGCCUUCAUAUCUUGCACAAAUGAACAUCCUUGCAUAUCCAUCUUUCUCAAGAUCUUGUGGAUAAUGCCCUCUUGCUGGAUGGGUUUUGCGUGGUUUUUUUUUCUGCUCGUGGGAGUUGGUCAAAUUGCACUUCUACGGAAUGUUCAAACAUUUAACAUCCAUUAGGUUUUACAAGUGAAAGGAGACGAUUCCUCUUUCCUAGGUGGGUUGGAUUCCUAGAGGGUGCAGUCCUUGUAGAAACAAAAAUCUUGACUCACAAUCUUAGAUGGCAAUAUGUUGACCCAAACUCGUCAAUAUCAUUCAGAAAUCUAAUGGUUGUUAAAUGUGAUUGAUCUUUUUGAUCUAGACGAGUUCGGCCUAUGCGAGGGUGUGCAUCAUGGUAGGGAGGUAGCGAACCUCAUGGGUGACCUUUAAGUCAGCCGAGUUGCAGAGAAAGCUAUGAUUAUUUGGAACAUCUUCUUUCAGUAUCUUGAAGUACAAUUUAGGGAAAAGAUAAAUAAAGCAAGUUCUAACAGGUCUUAUGCAUUGCUAUAACCCGUUUUUAAUGUUUUCGUGUUAUCCUAUUGAGAGUUUACGCUGAUUUUUUUUGAAUUGUUGAACAUUAGAACCUUACCAAGUUUGUUAAACUAUACUGUUGUAUAGCUUUGUAUAAUAUCGUAAAAUUUCACCAUCAGAUUCUGCUGGAAAUUUUGUUCUUGAUCUUUAAUCUUUACACAAAUAUCCAACCAGCAGAGCUCAGAGGAUCUUGGCUUAAUAGUCAUUGAUGAAGAAGAUAAUGAGACGAUACUUGUCCACCGUAUCUCUGUUGAUGACAUCUAUAGAAGGCAAGAAGGUACAGAUGAUACAACUAUUGCAGCAUAGUUGUCUCCUUGGUGUUGCAAUUCGUUUAUCUUAGAAUUCUUUGAUUUUUGUUGUUGCUUACCCUUUGUUUUUCAGAUACAAUAAUUUCCUGGCGAGAUCCACAGUGUAGCACCGAUUUGGCUCUCAGUUUUCAAGAGGCUACAGGUUGCUCUUACAUAUGGUACAUGCUAUACGCUCCUAUUGUGUCCUUCAGUCUUUCACUCACGAUUCCUCGUGGCACUUUUACACUUCUGGCUUAAAUCAUGUUUUUUGGUUUUCUCUAGGGACCGUAUUUGUGGUGUUCAAAGGAACCUUCAUUUUAAUUCUAUCGGGAGUAAGUAUUGGUUUUCUCUUCUCUCUUCUCUUUUUGUUCGUAUUUUCAAGAAUAUUUUGUACUUUUCCUUAACGAUUGAAAUCAGUCUGCAUCUAGUGGUUGCUGGAUAAAGCUUCGUAACAUGACAAACGAGUGAUUACUUUUCUUCUGAUUCAUUUUUCAAUUCAUAUUUCGGCUUCCUGUCUUUUUCUUUUUUGUUCUCAGUCACGGAGCCGUGCUUGAAUAUUAGGUGUUGGUGCUACUUUGUCCUCCAGUUUUGAUGAAAAAUGAUCUGGAUUGAAAAUCACUUUUAUUAAACGACUGUGUUGUGAGUUUGGUAAAGCUUAACCCUGAAUUUAUCUCUACCUCAAGUCAUUUUCUAAAAUAAGUGGAUUCUAGGCGAUAAAUUGAUGCGUUUAUUAGGUGAGAUUUAAAAUCUCUGUUUUUGCUGAUGCGUUUUAAUAUUAAAUUUUAAUCCCUUCCUGAAAUGAGAAGUGUUGUUUACCACACACGUUCAUUUCUAGAAGCCAAAAUGUACAGAAUAGGGCAAUCUGACUGGAAAUAUGUCAAGUAACUGCCUUUUUGCUUUGACUGUGUUGAUUUCUUGGAGCUCUUUGGUAUCUGAUUUGUAUAUUUGAAGUUUCUAUUUGCGGGCGGAUUAGAUCUUUGAGAAUGUGUUGCACACUUACGAUUAAAAUCCGACCAUUUCUCCUUUCUUAGUGGACGUUGUACUUUCCUUCUCUUAGUAACUCUUCAUGUUAAAAAUAUCUAGGAUAUUCUUCAAGCUUAGUUUUUUAGGAUCUUCAACUCUUGCAUUUUGACAGUUUUUCCAUGUCUCGUCCCUGUUGUGAAUUGGUAAACACCUUAGACUGCCUCAUAAGCAGUGGCACCCCAGUUCUAUUAAGAUGUGGCAUGUGGGAUGAACAUCAUUACGUGAAACUCCGACUCUUUGGCUACUACAAAUAAUUUGUUUUUUUUCUUAUUAUUCAUCACAUUGUUAUUCUGGUUAGUAUUUUUUCCUACUUUUCCCCACUUAAAAUCUUGUAAUUUUCUUAACAAUUCUAGUGGACAUUUAUAUUGCUUAACUAGACAGGUUCUCACUUUGACUUUAGACUUUGCCAAAGCAAUGUCUUGAUGAGAAGGCAUCCUGGGCAGCUGUGUCUGGGCCAUGCGCAUUUGUGCGAGUUUGUUUGCCAAUUCAAAUUUGCGUUCGUGAUAAAAAAAAUUGAAUAAUUUUUUUUUCAAACGUAUCCUUCAGAGAUUCUCAGACAUAUAAGAAGAUCAUGUAACUUAUUGUCUGUUCGAUAGAAUCAUUUCAAACGUACAAAAUAAGGCAGCAACCAAGUUAUUAAGUGUUAAUAAAGUUUUGUUUUGCAAACUGUGGAUGGGGUGUUCCUGAUAAUAUUAGGCAGCUUCCCAGUUGGUGUAUUUUCCUGAGACAUGCACAGAAGUAGGUACUCAACUUUAAGCUUGUAGAUUGUAUGAUUCGUUGCAUAGGCACCUUGCCAUGCCAAAUGACGUCCAUAUUGGUGAUUAACAGUGAUCCAUACCAGUGGGUAAAAAAUAAGAGGCCAAAGAUAGUAAAAUACAGACGCACAAAGCGGAUGCAUUCACAUACGGUGCUCUGCGAAAAUGUCUAUGUGAUGUGAGAAUAGUGAGUACUAUAAUAGUAUUUUAUAGUUGAAAUUGUUAUUAAAUAUUUUCAAAUUGGAAUGUAACUUUAAAUAAUUCAAAUUGGAAUGUAAGUUCUUUAUUGCCUUUAUUAAGAGAAAGUAGCAAAAUUGCAAAAUGUAUUGGCACCAGUUAAGUUCGAUUAAUUGGUAAUCACAAAACGGCUAUGAUAUUUUCUCUCAUCAUUCCACGUACUCUAGAACUCAGCUCUUGAGUUUAUAUUCAUGACCAGUAUUGAUACUUUUAGGACUUUCGUUCCAUCCAUUUGUGAUUCUCUUGUAGGUAUCACUUUGAAUGAAAUGAUCAAUUUUUUAAAAGCCAUCUUUUCACUUGUCCAAUCCUAGUUUGAGCAGAAAACUUGGUCAUCUUAGUGCUAUGUUAACUUCCAUCACCUUGAGCUUUGAGAAUCUUCUUUAAAACUAAUAAUGUAUUGCCCUAUUGUAGGGCCUAAAACAAUAGUUUAGUCACAAAAAGUCAUACGAAGCAAUGGAUAUCAAUAAAUAUUAUGUAAAAUGGAUGAUUACAAAUGUGUUAAAUAAAGCUCAUUGAAUGUCAGGAUUCUGUGCCUCGUAUUUGAUAUCAACGGGCUACUAUAAUCAGAAAUAGCCUUAUUUUCUCAGCAAUGAACGUCUCAGUUAGAAAUAUAUGAAACAUAGCAAUGAAACCUUAGUCGGACUGGUAAUAUGAAACAUCCCUAAAGACAUUAAUGUACUUCUAGCUUGGUGAGAUAUCAUUUAAUAUGGUUGGAAGUUUGCCCACAUAUGGCAUAGCAAAGAUGAGGAUCAAGUAGGUGUAGUGCUUGGCAGAUAAAGGUGUUUUUGUUUGUUGUCCAUUCUUUCCAUUAAAAUGACUGGUAAAGUCAGGUGCUUUUUCAUGCGUCUUACCUCAACUGCUUUGAUUCUCUGAUUUGGUUUUCUGACUAAUUCAGAAGGACUUCAAGUGGAGUGCUAGGUGAUAUGAUAGUUGUGUUUGAUGAUGAUAUUGACGGUUAAUUUCAGUGUUUCUUACUAGCCUUUCUUUUAUCAUAUGCUGUUGAAUGGUUUUCUAUUGUCAGUAUUAUGUAUCAUUUAGUUCAUUUUCUCAAUGGUGGAUUUCUUUGCUCUAUUUUCUCCUACUAAUUAGUUGGAGUCGCUCAUUAAACUUAUCAAUGCGACACUUUGUUAAGAUUGCUAAACAUCUUUUUCUGAUUUGUAGAUGAUGCCUUUCAUAGUGCUAGCAGAGACUUGAGGGAGCUACCACCUGUGGAGCUAUCCACCUUACCGCUUAUUUUAAAGGUAUGUUGUUUCUUAUUUUUGGUUUGAUCACGAGGAAUUUAAUCCUUAGAUCGCAGAAAUGGGCAAGACUAUGCAACUCAUCACCGGAAACAGUCAUGCCUAAAUUAAGUCCUCGGUAGAUCCUGAUAUGAAGCUCUGUCAUGGUCAGUGUCAUUUUGGCAAAAACUGUUUGUAGAAUGACCCACUAUUGAUUUUCAUUAUUUUAACAUAGUGGAAUCUUUGAAUGCCGCUUCUAAGGAACUCCAUGUUUAUUUCGGUGAGAGUGACUGAGAGAUUAUCUUUUCCUUGAGAUGAAACGCCAUUUGACCACGUGAAUCUUUGCUAAUGAUGUGGUGGUCUAACUUUAUUACACUUAUUAGGUUUGUUAAGAUAUCUUAUCCAAAAAACGUUCUGGCUUGUGCCCAGCUGCAAAUCGAAGGUAUAAGUCCAUGCCUGAUCUCUAAUGCUUCCAACCUCAACCUUUCCAUUGAUUUCCUGCAAUCGGAUAUCACGUCAGAGGAGGGACGGUCAAAUCAACAAUAGAUUUCAGUCAAAGAUGAUGAAUGAUUUCUACAGUGUGAUUCAGUCAAAGAUGUUGCCAUUUCUGUCUCUUUUUUCAGAUAAUUUUUUAUGUGCUUUCUCAUUUCUUCUUUUAUCCAGAAAUUUUAUGUGCGAUCAUAAAUAUUUUUAUUCUGAUCUCAUUUCUGUCUGGUAUUUUAAACUUUUAAUGAUAAAUGUUUGCAGAUGAAUCUAACUUCGUAGGAAAUUAGGAUUGCUAAUGAGCUUUAAUAUAACAUGCAGACUAUAGGAGAGUGUGGUACUGGUAUUGCAGAUCAGAUGCACGUGGCAGACCUCAUUCUCCAAGAUGUGAGUAUGGCAGUCGUGAAUUCUUUAACUCUGUCGGGUGAAUUUUUGUUUUGCUUGGAAAUAGAUGCUCCUAUUCGUUCUUAGGACAUAUACAUAACCAACUAUAGUAAAGCUUAAGAUCAUGUAGGCUAUGUGCUUACCUGAGACACACAUUAGAGAAUAUUACACUUGCUCACUUCAGAAAUUAUUCACCAGACUAUAAUCCUUUUACAAGUAAAAAUGAGGACUCCCUGUAGAAGGAUUUUGUUGUAAAAGAAGUGUUUGUUCCUCUUAUCCUUAAAAAAUCUAAUGGGUGGCAUGGGGAUUAGUUGCUAUGUUUUGCAGUCUACUUUGGAGAAACCAUGCAUUUCCCACCUACCUACUUCCCGUAGGUGAUACAAUCUUAUGCCUAUUACGUGGAGACCACUAAAUAGUGCGUUAGAAUGACUGGAUAAAAGGGUCUUUGUCUUCUCUCAUUCUACAGGAGUUGCUGAUGCGAUUUUGUAUAUAACACUCAGAUCAAAUGUAUGAUGUUGUCCGCGUGAAAUCUGUCAUGUUGGUAGCCUCACUUUCAUUUAGGGCGAGAAUCUCUAGGGCAUGGUGACCUGACUGUGAAGAUACCUCUCUCCUAUUUUCAUUGUGUGAUUUGGCCGAAUAUCUGCUAAAUGACUUAGAGAAUCUCUCCAAGAAUGUUAUGAAAACUUCACUAGAUCUUCCCAAUUUAUUCCAUACUAUCCCCCACUUUUUAUAUGAAAGCAAAGCCUGCAAUGUCACUCUAUGUUUCGAUUUAAAUUAAAUAAAUAUGUUAACUAUAGUCAAUGUAGAUCCAACCUUUAUUUUCGUCUUUUGGAGCCUCACAUUCUCUAUCUGUCUCUCUGUCUCUACUGCCCCUAUUUUCCUUACUCAUUAUGGAUAGAAAAUGGACCAAUUUACCUAUUUAUUCAUCGUAGUAUAUUUUUUGAGCUCUUGUUGUGUAAAUCAAAUUUAGUAUGCAUGUUCCUCUCUCUCUCUCUCUCUCUCUCUCUCUCUCUUUCUCUCUCUUCCACGACACCUUUGAAAAUUUUACAGCUCAGCUAAUAAAUGUUUAUUUCUUCUAUUUGAAGUUUUUAUGUAGGAAUUGAUGUCUUAUUUAGUAGUUAGUUUCUGGUUAUAGAUUUUAUGCUGUGUGAGACUGUUAGCUGCUCGGCAGCCAUAGUUUUUUUUCACAUCACUUCCUAUUGAUGACCAUAUUUUCUAUUUGUUGCUUUCAGCAUGAAUUUUUCCCUAAGCUGGUGGAUCGGUUUAGGACUUGUGAAGAUUUGGAAAACAGGGACAGUCUCCACAUCAUCUUUAAACUAGUCAAAGCAAUAAGUCAGUAGAUACUAUGUUUAAUUGGCCAUUUAUUUUCUUACAUGUAUGCUUGUUUUUCUUUCUAACCAGCGUACCACCUUAUUUCGCAACUUUCAGUUCUUCUCAACAGUCCUCAGAUCUUUGACAGAAUAUUUGCGGAUGAAUUCAUCUUAGACAUCGUUGGUGCUCUUGAAUGUACGUUUUUAUUUUAGUUAAUUCCUUAAUUUAUCUACUCAGUUAUGCAGAAAUAUUUUGUAGAUAUUCUUUGGCCUCUGCUCAUAUACUCAUCAAAUUCAAUCGAUUCAAUGCUAGCAUCUAUUGUAGUACAUUCUUGUUGUGAACAGUAAUGUUUUUGGCUUGUCAUCAAUAAGAUAGACGCUCUUCCUCUUCGCCUAGUACUGGGAUCUAUCACUUUUAUCGUUGUAGUCAGAUAAGCUUCACCAAAUUAUCAAAUUAGAUCAUGUGUUAGAUCACAAAUCUCACCCCUGCAGGCUCGAGGAUGUAACUUUGGAUUGGAUUAGGUACCUCAGUCAUGUUCUAUCUGUAGAUUCCAAUUUUGUUUGAUAAGGGAAAGCGUGUUAUAAUUUUUCAUUUUAAAAUCAUAUUUCAUACGUUUUACUGAAAAAUAUAGAAACGCAGCGAAAUGUUUGUUGCAGACAUUUCUGCACAAAUCAAAUUUAAUAGCUGCUCGGUCCUGAGCCUGAUUCUACUUGUCAUGGGUUGGGGUUGGGGUUACCGGGUGGAGAGGUGCAAUUGGGUGAGGGGUUGAGGUGAUAGAUUCUGGUUGGCUCAUAGCAGCGGCAGUCUGUGGUAUCAGGUGGGUCCUUUUUCUUCCUUUCUCUGUUCUCUUCUGCUGCAUCUCCUAACGAGUCAAGAGGAACACUGCUGCUGGUUAUUGGCUGACCCGUUCUGGAUUGGUUAUUAUCCGUUAGAACAUGUCUGUUUUUUUGUAAAAUAGGCUUGAAAUAUAAAGCCCCCCCCGUCUUGUUUAUUUUCAUCACCUUUUUUUUUCAAACUUUUUUUUAGCUAUGACAGCUACUUGCGACCAUGUGGUUUACCUGCAAGAAAUAUAUGUAGAAAGCGUGUUUGAAACCAACAUGAGCGUAUUUUUGCAUGAAUUUAUUUUGUGGCACUGAUCUUGUGUGAUACUUUCUUUUUAGUCAACUCCUCUUCAUGAACUCAUUGACCUUUGGAUUUCUUUCAAUUUUAAAUUUUAUUUGAAUGACCAGCUGUGAAUGUGUGUUUUGCUUUUCUAGUUGAAUUACAAUUUUGUAGUUUCUGACAUUCUUGUUCAGAUGAUCCUGAUCUUCCACAAGUGCAAAAACAUCGUUCUUUUUUGAGAGAUCAUGUUGUUUUUAAGGAGGUAAUUGAAUUCAUCAAGGGCUUAUUGUUUCUCUUUCGGUGUGCGUAAUAGUUAGUAGAUGCUCAUUUACUUUUCAGGUUAUUCCUAUUAAAGAACCUCAAGUACUAACAAGGAUACAUCAGUCGUAUCGAAUUGGUUACAUAAAGGUUUGUUAUAUUUAAAAUUAAUGCUCUGCUAGCCUGUUUGUUUAAGUGUACUUGCACUAAUUGUUUUUGCAAGUUAUAGGAUGUCAUCUUGCCAAGAGUUUUAGACGAGGGAACCAUUGGAAGCCUGAAUUCUAUUAUCCAUGGAAAUUAUACUGUGGUGAGGAUUCAACUAUGUAACUCUGACUUUACAGUUGACUGCCAGUCAUAUUCCUGUCAGAUUUUAGGUUUGCCAUUUUCGAUGCAGGUUAUAUCUAUAUUGAAGGAUGAUACCUCUUUUAUCCAAGAACUAUUUGCAAAGAUGCGAUCGCCAGAGACUUCUAUGGAGUCCAAGAGAAAUUUGGUAACAGGAUUGAAAUUGCUCUGUAAUUUUUGAUCAUACUGUAUAAGAUUUUUUUUUGAUUCUCUAACAAUGAUAUUGCCAUGUCUGUUGGGUGCCUUGCAUCUAAACAUUAACCUUUCUUCUCAUCCGCUGUAGUAAUCUCGAGUUUUUCUUCUUCUGGCAGCCAGCCUCGGAUUUUUAUGAGCCUGUACAAAAUUGCCUUCUAAGCAAUAAAAAUGGUUCCUAAUGCUGGGGGAGGAUAGAUUUCUGAAAGAUUAAUGCGCGGAUCUUUUAGGAGACUGUUGCUAGAGAUAUUAAAAGGAAAGAUAAUAAAAUUGAAUCAAGUUAUAUUUUAUGAUUGGUGAUGUAUACUUCACUGGCCUACGGACUUCACCUAUUUAGAACAUGAUGCAAAGGACCCAAAAGAUAUAUACUCAAACUAAGAAGAUCAUAGUUUUUUACUUAGUCGUUGAUACAAAAUCUUGUAUAUCCACUUGGUGUCGGUUAUGUUACAUAUGGAUGGUUGAUUUCCCUUGGUUUAAUGGUUAGCAGCUUGGUUGUUCCUUGCAUCCCUUUUCUUUGGGUGUAUCAUACCUUUUGACGUUCAGUAAGGGAAAGAUUAGGCAUAUAGAAAUGGCUUUUCUUUGAUAUGAUGUGUUUUGAUGAUAUCCACUAGUGUGACUAAGUUUCAUUCCGAAAAUUGAUGAUUAUUGACAUGCUGCCGUCUUUCGAAGGGAAACUGAUGAUUCAUGUUACUUGUUUGUUCCUACACCAGGUGUUAUUCUUACAAGAGUUUUGUAGUUUAAGCAAAAGUCUUCAGGUUGCACAACAAUCACGGCUAUUUCGGUAUGGUAUCUUAUACCAUAUCUUCGAUCAUUUCCUUUCCGUUUUUUAUUUUAUUUAACUAUUGCAUCGUUUUCCCUCAAAUUACUACGUUGAGUUACUAGAAUUUCUUUCUUGGGAUGGUGGCCUGGUGCUAGUCUUUCAUGUUAACGCUUAGUGUCAUUAAUUGUAGCACGUAUUGAUGCUUGUAUGUUAUUCUUUAGAAUUUGAGGUGCCAUUAACUAUGAACCGAUCAUUUAAGGGUAUACUUUGACUUGCUGCGUUUAUUCUAAUUCACCAUUCUUCUCUGUUAGUGAGCUUGCAAAUGAAGGAAUUUUUGAGAUUCUUACGGAUGUGUUGCAGAGUCAGGAUAAAAAGCUGGUUUUGACAGGGUAAUCAUUAUUUGUUACUGGAUUAAAUAUUACGUCUAAAUAUUCAUACUGAUAGAAUUGUACUUGAAUUCUCAAUAGUUUGAUUUAAAGAAAUUAGAUGGCCCUUUGGUGGAAAUGCAGGACAGAUAUCCUCAUCCUGUUCCUUAACCUGGAUCCAAACCUUCUCCGGAACUUCGUCAUUCAACAGGAGGACAAUACACUUUUCGGACUUCUGGUUCGUGGAAUUGUGGUCCCUUGCUUUUUUCUUUUUCUGUUGUCUUUCAUUUGCAUUGAUGAUCCAUAAGCAUUCUACCUGAGUAAACCUUCUCUGUGCUCAUUCUUUACUCGUUAUUAAAGUAGAUAACCAACUUAGAUUUUUCUUUUUCCCUACAAGAGAAAGUAGUCGCCAUUUAUUUUUUGUAUUACUGUAUUGCGAAAGUUAACACUUUUACAUUGGAUUUAUUUUUCAGGUUGAAGGAAUGAUUACGGAUUUUGGGGAUAACAUGCAUUGCCAGUUUCUGGAAAUACUUCGCAUACUGUUGGAGUCGUACACAUCAUCUAGUGCACAGGUUCUUUAUAUUCUUGAAAUCCCUUUUUGUGGCUGAUUUCACUCUGUUCCAUGUUACUGACUAUAGCUUAAGAUUUAGUUAGGUAAAAUAAUGAGGGUUUGCUACCUUCAUCUCUUGCGUGCUAUGGUCUUACACUAUAUGUUAUAGACAUAGAUUAUCGAUUACGAAUCCAUGAUCGACAAGAUACACAUUAGUACCAGCAGACAAAGAUUCUGUUGAUCUGGUUGUACGGGAGACAUUUUCCCUGAAAACCUGUGCUAGGAGUUCCAGGUGCCAUUUCCAACAGCAGAUCUAUUAUUCAUUCUGAUUCUUUUGUAGAAGCCUAAAGUUGAAACUGGCUUCAUGUUUAUGUUACAAAUGGAAUAUUCCGGCAUUGUAAGCUGAUGGCUUGCAUUGCAAUUAUAGUAACAUAAGUCUGAGUUAUAUAUGCCUUUUUCUUGUUAAUUAAGGUUUGCCAUUUCAUAUGAAAGGACAAAAGAAACUUGCGUUUGCAUGCAACCCUAUAAUUCUAUGAUUGACAGUCGGUUGUUUACCACCCUAUCUUUAUUGACUCCCUUACCCAAAGAAGUGAGUUAUUUGAACUGUAUACGUCUGAGCUGAAAACUGGUCAGAACGGGUGAUUCGAAGUCUGUUGCUUCCGGAGGCCUAAGACCAAGUCUGCUAAUUUUUCGGUGUGAUAAAUACUCGCAUUCUGCUUGAGAUUACCGAGUAUUUAGUUCAGUACUGAAACGAAAGAGGAACUUGAUAAUUAAAUAAAUUAAUUAUAUCGAAAUCCGUUAAAAGUUGUGUGAGUAUUUAAUGAAUCACUGCUGACUUAGAUAUCUAAUGCACCUUGACCUGUUAAAUCCUGAAGUGCAACGGCUUCUAGGUCAGUAAAUGAUUACAUUAUUUGACGGGUGUUUUUCAUUUAUUAAUUUGAAACUAAAGUUUAGUAAGUUAGGAACCAUGUUGAUUAGAUCCUUUGCCAGUUUCUUCAACUAUUCUAUCCAUUAAUUGUGGUAUGUAACUGCUCUGAAUGUAAUCCAGUGCAUCUGAUACCUUAUUAUAAAAGGUAUGUCGAUUGAAAUUUAUCAGAAGUUGAUCAAUCUUUUUUUCUGACAAACAUGAAAAAUGAGGAACACCGUAUUUUUUCCUUUUUUUUCUUGCAGAAAUCGACACAAGUUUUUCUUUUACAACGCCACUGUCUAGAUGUUUUCUUGAACUUAUGGAAAAAUUCCUGAAUAGGCCAUGGCUUAGAAUUUUUUAAAAACUUUUGGUUAAUAUCAUGUUUUGGCAGCACUGAAGACAGUUUCUACACGAUCUAAUUAUUCUGCAUCGUUUGUUGGUUAUAUAUUUGUUUAUUUGCUGUUUCUCCCCCCAGAAAAAUAAUCAUUUCAGUUCCUUUAGUUUCCUUCUGCUUCAUAUUAUUGACCUUUCAUUGUUUCACAAUUGAUGUCUUGAUCAAAGUGUCUAGGAGAUCUCACCAGUUAUGAGGCUGAGAUAGAGCCUUGGUUUUACCUUUCACAUUUACAACAUCAUAAUUAUCUUGGUGGACUCCGCACCUUUUAUCAACAUUUUAUUUUUUCAUCCCUUUUCUCUUUUUUUUCCUUAUAAUCUUUGUUGUUCUUGGACAAAACAAUGUUCUUUUGGACCGAAUGGGCUUGGAUUUCUAAUCCGAUUGAAUCUGGGUUUGGUUUAGGCCGAUUUUUUUUUUCUAAUUUAAACGGAUGUUUGAAAUUUAUUGGCAGUGGGGAUAAUAUAAUAAAUUAUUCAAAUGGAAUUUUUAACAUGUCAGACUCGGGAGACUUCCCAUUCUAAAAAGUACACACCUAAGCAGCAGUGCUUUAUGGAAAAGAGUGCUUGGGGGGAUUAGCAAGUAGUGUCCUAUGUGAGUUAUUUAUCUGGUCGUUUUAGCUUUUUCUUGUCCUCCAUAAACUUCUUAUUUCUUUCUCUGCAUUCUGCUAAUGAAUGAUGGAUGUAGUUUUCCCCUCCUCUUGCGUCAAUAGAUGAUGAAAUUUCUUAUCCUGCACAGUAUGGUCAAAUUCAGAUGUGCUGAUUUUGGUUGGGAUAAUGGUUAUUGAAUUUAUAAAGAGAAUCGGAAUGUCUUCCUUGCAUUUAGCUUUAUCCUUGCCAUUUAUGCCUUGUUUGAUUUGCGGUUUUAUUUUUCAAGUACCCGUUCUUACUGUGGAAUCUAUAAAUCAUGAGAAAUAAUUCUGACUACAUCGAAAAAAAUAGUGGAACAUUAGCGUCAUUGAUGGCUUCCAUUUUAGCUACCAAUAGACCUUGUAUCCAGUGAUUUAGUCAUGUUUCUGGUUGCUGCUUUUGCAAAACAAGAAAAUGAGCGUUACUAAGUAGAUGUGUUUGUUUCAUGAUUUCUGUCAGUUCUGUUUUCUGAGACAUCAGGAAUCUGGUUGCUGCAGGCAUUGUGUUAGUUGUCUGGAUAUUGUAUCUGUAGCCUAUUGUCUGAAGCGUAUGUGUGCCAUUUAUUUAAAUAUGCAUUCAUUUCUGAAGUUCAGUUAUUAUUAACUGGUGUUUGGGAAUGUGACACACGUUUUAAAUUGCAGAACGAUGCUAUUAUAGAGAUUUUCUAUGAGAAAUAUUUGGAUCGGUUGGUCGACGUUAUAACAUCAUCUUGUCCCUCGAAGAAUAUUUCACAGACGAGAGUCACAGCAGUGUCUUCUAUUGGAAGAGUUGAAUCCCGUGCACUGACCAAGCCUGAGAUUCUGUCAAACAUCUGUGAAUUGCUGUGCUUUUGUGUUCUUCAUCAUCCCUACAGGAUAAAGUAUAUCUCUUCUCGGCUGUUUACUGGUUAUGUCAUAGAAAAUUUGUAUAUCAUUUUAUAGAAAAAAAAUCAUCCAAUUUAAUGUUGUCCUAAAAGUUUGAUGUUAGCUGUUGGUGUCUGAUGGUUGUAGAAGUUAAAUUAGUAGUUCUUGUUUAGCUUUGACGUUUUUUAUAACUUGUGACGUUUUGCUGUUACUUUUCAGAUGCAACUUAAUUGUAAAUAACGUUAUAGAGAAAGUCCUCUGUCUGACUCGAAGAAGAGAAAAAUACCUCGUUGUUGCUGCAGUUAGGUUUAUGCGCACUGUGGUUUCUCGCAAUGUGAGUACUAAAUUUAUUAAUUUGUAAACAAUAAUUCUGCUUGCAGUGAAAGUUGUCUAAAAAAGCUAUGUACUUGGUCUAUUUAGAGUGAAACUUUUGCUUCAAUGUGCACUUGGUUCAUUUGGUCUUGCGUUUAACUUUUUAAUCCCUCUAGUUAUUUGAUUUACUUGACCUUUCGAGAGCUAUCAUGCCAGGAUUCCUCUUGUUGCAGCAAAUUAAUGACUCAGGCUUGGCAACUUGGCAACAUUUUUAGACUCAUAAAUUGGAAAAAGGUGUGACAGAUUGUAGCGAGUUAGCUAUAAUUUGGAUUGAGUUACAUGCGUCGGUAGGUGUAAUUCCUUCUGAAGUAAUCGAUUCUCUUUAAAGGAAGCCUUUUUGAGUAGACGUCUCAGUUGGUCCCAUUAAGCGUUGAAACCUUGAAACACGUCUGAACAGAGUCAAGCCAAGUGUUCCGUUUGGACUCAGAAGGUAGAAGACUUAAUAUGACUUGUAAGGAACACAUUUGCUGAACCUCACUGAUAUGAGUUGAUGAAUAAAACCCGAUGUUGUAACUAAUUUAAUCCUUUUUCAAAGCCCUCAACCAUGCGACCCUCCCAAUCUGAAUGGGUAGCAAGAUCUGAGUUUCGAAAUUCUAUCUGAAUUAAUCAAGUCUAUAUAUGUGAACAAAGUGCGGUGAACAGUGAGGAUUAUCUGAAAUGUUUUCUCAAUCGUGUGCAUUCUGGUUUGAAUUUGCAACUGCCGUCUGGCACAGAUUAUGUGGAGAUGAUUUUAAAAUCCUCAAUCUUUGACUCAAGUGUUGAUUAAAUACUUGAUCAAUUAUUUUUGCUUCAACAGAUUAACGGUGCUUUCAAAAUUUCUAGUAUCAUAGUGGCGGAACAGAUACUAUAUUUAUGUAUAAAACUCGGCACAUCCAUUUGACCCUAUAUAUCAAUUUUGACUAGCGCAUACUUUUGCUCUCUUUUAUGACUUUUACCCGUAUUAAUCGAUGUUAACUGAAACCAGGAUGGUACAGGCCAAAACUAAAAAUCCUGUGGCCGAAUUUGACGUUUCCAUUACUUUAUGAAAUACAUUGCAACCUCGCUCUCGUUCCAGAGUUCUUAAAACUGAUAGAGCUGUUUUCUUGUAAGAUUAGGAGCAUAUGUAUAUAAAUCUGAUGUAGAGAUGUUAACCUUGAAUUCUGUUGAUCUAUCAGGACGAAUUUUUAGCUCGACAUAUUGUCAAGAACAACCUAAUGAAGCCCAUUGUUGAAGCUUUUGUCAGAAAUGGUAGUUGUUAUAAUAUGCUUCAUUCUGGAGUUCUUGAGCUUUUGGAGUAUAUCCGUAAGGUGUUGCAUUUUUCUGCCGCGGUUUCUACUCUACAGAUCCUUUUUGUUUGGCAUGGUUUUUGAGCGAGUGUUACUUUCUACAGGAGAACAAGACUUUAACCAUUUAUGUUUUUGAGACUUUCUGGGAUCAAUUGUCAAAGUUUCAGUACUUGGAGACUAUUCGGGUUCUGAAGACAAGAUAUGAACAGGUAGAAUUACUUGAUGGUAAUUGAUGCGAACUGCAUCUACUCUGUAUAUUCCUUCUGCCUUCUUACCAUAUCUAGUCCCUCGUGUUAACUUCUAAUUACCGCGCCUGGCCUCCCUGCUUGAAUUUCUGACAGCCGUUAACAUCUUUGCGCUGUAAGUAAUAUUUUAUCCUUGCUCCUUUUGACUGGCAAACUUUUCCUUGUUAGUCACUGGAGAAGUGCGACAUGUCUACGGUAACUACAGAUGACCUAAGAAAACGUAUAGAUGAGCGUGCUCUUGAGAAGGAGGAAGAAGACUAUUUCAAUGAUCAAAGGUUUGUAAGCUUUAUAAAAGUUGCCUCUCACUCAAGUUCGAGGAGCCUUGUUAAUUACGUUUUGCUGAGCAGUGAUGGAGAAGACUCAUCUUGUGGUGGAGUUGCCCAAGAGCUGCAGCAGGGUGGCGAGCCAACUGUGGCUAAUGGAACCAGUGGUAACAACCCCCCAUUCAGGUAGUGGCCGUGAAUUAUCUUCUGUUGAAUGUGUUUGUCAGUCCGUGCAGAGAAAAAAGUUAACUAAAUGAUAACAUGAGAAAUGGAACGAUCGUGAUAAAUGUUUACCCUAAUGUGGAGUUGAUUCAGAUGAGUCUCUGUGCAGUCAAUGCUCCUGGCAUUAUUUACAUUUAUGUUCAAUUUCUUUGAUUUGGAAGUUGCGUUUUGACGAGCAAAUCUAUCACCAGGUUAGUGGAUUCCCUCUAGAUUCUAGGUGCAAUGAGUAAACAAGGUCAGGAAUGAUGAGAAAUCAUGCUAGCGAGGGAAGUCGUCGUUUUUCUAUUAUUAUUUAUUAUUAUUAUUUUUGUUUUAAACCCAUGGAUGCUUUUGUUUAAUAUCCAGGUCUCGACCCAGUGGGCUGGUUGACUAUGAAGACGACGACGACGACGACGACGAUGAAGACUACAAUCCGCCUUCACGGGAGCCUGAAAAUUCUCAUGAGAGUGAAAGGCCAUCGAGUGCUGUGAAGCCCAAGCGGGAGCUCACCUCAACGAGCGAUGGCAGCGCAGAAGAGAUAGAGUUGCGGAAAAAACGCAUGUUGGAUAAACACAGAAGUGAUGGAGAAGUUGUGUUUGCUGCUGCUGCUGCUGCUGCCUGUUCCACUAGCAACCAUGCAGAUCAACCCAGCAAAACUACGCCUCCAGUUGCUGAUUCUCGGUGCUCUCCGACAAGCACGACCAACAGCGCGUCUGAAGGCGAACCAGACGACAAGGCGAUGCCGGACGUCUCGGUGGAAAGAGACUGCCCUAAUUCGGUCUCCAGCACCGCAGACGUCAGACAGCCGGGUGGAGAGGAGCACUCCCGGACGCCCAUCGCUAGUUCCCCUUCCGAAGUGGCGGUGAACGGCGCGAACGUUUCCCACACAGAACCGUACCCCGUGCGAUGA